AUGUUUCCUCCUUCUUCUUCUUCUGCACAACAUCAUCAUCCUUCUCACCUUCCGUCGUCGUCGUCGACCACAACCAACCAUUGGUCCAUUCUCAAUCACAACAGCAACAACAACAACAACAACAACAUUAAUACUAACAAGGAAAACAAGAACCACCACCACCACCAUCACUACGAGAUUAGUAGCAUUAGCAGCAUGAGCAGUAGUACUAACAUUGCUACAACAACAACGCCACUUUUCGGAGGAACAAGUCUCUCUUCAUGCAACCUUCGAGAAGGAGAACCACAACUCCCACCACCACAACCACCACCACCACCACAACAACAACAACAAAAUAUUGCCUUCAUCUCGCAACCAUCACCACCACCACCUUCCUCAACCUUACCGACGAUUGUCGAGUCUGAGACUUUAACACAAAGAAGAAGAACUCUUUCGGAGAAUACUUCUUCUCAACCAUCAUUGAUUCAUAGUGCAUUCCCCUUGUCCUCUCAAUUUUCUCUCCAUAAGAGCGGUAGUAGUAGCAGUGGUGGUGCAAGCACUACGAGUAGUGGAAGUUGGAGCUCAUCAUCGGCCACUACAAACCUUCAUCAACGGCAACAACAACAACAGCAUUCACCAAGAAAUCAUUCCCAAGUACAAUUGUAUAAUUUCGUUCAAAAUCAGCAACAAAUCAAUACCAAGCCUUUCAAAUCUCCGUUAUUGGAAAGCAGUAAUAACCACAAUCAUACUAGUACGCUUGCAAGUGGAGAGCCUAUUCAACAGCAACAACAACAACAUCAUUUCCUUCUGUCCGAAUCAUCAUUCCAAGAGGAAGACCAAAGAGCUCUAACGACAUUACCCUCAACCCACCAUCAUUCUCAAGUAUCAGCAACGACCUCUUCCAAUCAUCCUCUCUCCGCUGUGGUUGCUCACUCAUCAUCAUCAUCACCAUCAUCAUCUCCAUCCCUUACGAUGAGCAGCGGUAGUGGAAGUUUAAUGAUACAGCCAUCAUCAUCAUCCUCUGCAGCAGCAACUUCUACAACAACAACAACACCACAAGUAACCACACCGAUGAUUACAGGAAGAAAGAUUUCCAACAACAACAUUACUCAUCCACAACAAUUCUCUCCAAAAUCUGCCAAUGCUCGUAACUCCUCCCUAACUUUUCCAUCCUCUACAAAUACUACUAGUACCACAACAACCACGCAUACAACUCCGACGAAUAUUUCAUCCAUGAAUAAUAAUAUCAACAACCAUCCGUACCUGAGCAAUACGAAUCCAAGCGUAAAACCAAAUCAAUUAACUAACAGCAUGGCUCCAUCAGGACCUACUUCACAACAGCUUCAGCCUCAAACCUUACUUUCAAAAUCAACGACCGUACCAUCAUCCAACAAUCCAUCGGAAGCAGCAUCUGUACCGCCUCCUCCAACAUUAUCAACAUCAUCAGCAACAAGCACGAGACGAAGUAAUAAUAAUAAUAAUGUGAUACCUGCGCUAUCUUCGGAGCCUCCUACAGUCAAGCUUCCAUCCAUUUAUGCACUUCUAACAAGUAAUAAGGAUGAUCCCUAUUUGAAUCCAAAUAAGAAUCAAAAUUCGGAAAUUAUUUAUUUGAGACCAAUUGCAAAGAUGGUGGAAAGUUCAAAGAGGAAACAAACAUGUUAUGCUCACUUUGGAAACAAUAUUGUGAAAAAACAAUCAUCUCUCAGAUCAAAAAUUAGAGGAAUUGUCGGAUCGAGGAGAGCUGAACUAUUUGAACAGCAGAAGCAACAACAUACUGAACGAGGAAGGGACUCUUCGAAGAGUGCCUUAUUACCAAUCUCCUCGAUAGGCAGUGGAGAGGCUAAAGAUGGUACUAGCUCAGCAUCUCAUAGCCGUGAUACCGCCCCAGAGGAAAGACUCUCUGAAAAUAACAUUUCGAUGGAUGUCAUGAAAAAUCAAGGAGCCAAUGCACCAAGCGGCAGCAGCGAUAUGGACAUGAGUGCAAUGGAAUCUGACGAUCCUAAUCAGUACAUGUUAAACAGUGCAUUCAGUGGAGAUGAUUUUGGAUUAACCUAUGAAGACAUGAUCAAUUUUGAAGACAAUGAACUCAUGAAUAUGAUUGGAGAGGACACAACGACACCCUCCUUGCAUCACAGCAGCUCAGUCAUGGAUGCAUUCUUUGCCUCCACAAACUCUCAAAGUAUGGGCCCAUUAGGUUUUAACAGCAGUAGCCUUAAUAACUUGAACUCGGCCACAGCAUUUGGAAAUGGCAACAAUAAUGGCAAUAGCUUGACAGUGUCUACAUCCAAUACAAGUCUCCUUGAGAACCCAGCUAGAAAGGGCUUUUCAAGUAACAACUCACUGAAAUAUGAAACAUCCAGCGGUUCAUUAAGCUCCUUCUUAAACACCCCAACUACGCCUCUUCAACCUUCUUCCUUUCCUACUUCAAUUCCCUCUCAAAAAGAAUUUUCUUCACUUCAAAAUUUGACAUUGUCGUCUUCUCAAUCCACACAACAAAACACCUGGGAGACAUCUAACAUGAAUUCCUCUUUGGCUAAUAAUCCUUUUCUAAACAUUUCACUUGACACUAUUCCAGUAUCGAGCAAUUCUGGAAAUUUCUUUGUACCAUCAACUCAAAAGGUAGCGUCUACCGCAAAUGCUGGAACGAGUAGUACCACCACAACUACAGCCGCCAAUGGACAAACAACAACGCCACCACAUUAUUCCUCUACCUCGACCAAUCAAAGCAUUAUCAUGAACAGUGGCACUUCAGAGCCACUCUCUUCAUCCUUUAAUAACAUGAAGCGAGCUCAGAAACUUCAUGAAUUUGUAGCAGAUACAAAAUCGAAUCAAAUUGCAUCAACAACAUCCAGUUAUGCAGAUUUUGCUACGAACAGCAAUAAUAUGAACAUCAACACGCAUAACAAUAUGAAUGCAUCAAGUAGAGGAAUCUCAGUGAAUACUCAUCAUCAACAACAGAAGCUAAUGGAAACAAAUCAAUACAAUCACCAAAACAAUUUCAACAACAACAAUAAUAAUUUGGGAUUAAAUUUGGGACAAAGCAUGCAAUCUCCCACGAAUAGCCAUUCCAUGCAAUCACCAAAUAAUGACACACACAGUGGAAUUUUAUAUGCUCAAAAAAGCGGUAUUGAUCUUGCCUCUUUGUUUGCUCUCACAUUGCAACAACAACAAAAACAAGCAAAUGCCUAUAAUGAAAGCGUCUCGAAUAGUGCUGGAACUUUUAAUUUCGACCCUACAUCAACACAGCAGCAACCAUUUAAAACUCAGAGUAAUAGAGAUAGCUCUAUGGGAAGUAAACCAAACAAUAUGAGUAAUAAUGGCAUUCGAAACUCCUCUAACUUUAAUAGCAGCUUAUUCGCAAGCUCACAGCAGGGCAAUAUUGGUACAAACUCAAUUCUAGGAAGUAGUGGCAAUGCUUUUCAGAGCAACAAGAAUCAGUCAUUUACCAACAAGACGGGCAGCAACAGCAGUAGCAACCACAACAUGACGAUUGAUCCUUCUGUACUCCAGAGAUUUAUCGAAACAAAUGCUGCUGACUCCUCUCCAACUUCGAUGAAUCUACAAAGUUUAACAUUUCCACGAAAUAAUAGGAACUCAAGUGGCCUCUCUUCUAGGACUAAGGAACAACAACAGCAAUUACUGAUGGGUUCCAGUGUCACUAGCAGCGGUUUCAAUCAUGAUAUGAAUAGUGACAUGAAUAAUGGUAUGAGUUUUGGAAGUAAUAAUGCAAUGUCACACUUUAUGGACCAGCAACCACAAACUUCAAGAUUGACUUCCCCAACUCAUGCCAUGAUUGGAGGUACUAUAAAUCCAUUAUUUUCAAAGCUGCAUCAACAACAUCAUCAACAGCAGCAUCAACAGAAUAUGAACAACAAUCAUCAACAAAUGCAAAUGAAAAAUGUAAAAGGAGUAUCAUCGAACGCUGCUUCAAGAAAGCAGCAGCAGCAAAAACAGCAGCCAAAUUUCUCCAUGCCUAACUUUGAAGAGAAUACACACCAGGUUCAGUCAUUUAACAUGACUUCGUCGCCACCAAAACGAAAGACCAAAACUAAGAAGGAUCCCAACAAGCAACAACAACUCCAUGAACUAUCUGAAACAACAUUGCCAACCAACAUGCAAACCAAUGUCAUGACAAGCAAUGCUGCCCCAGAAAAGGGUAAAACCAAACGAAUCAAAAUUAAGCAAGAUUUCGGUACUGAUGUGACAUUAUCACAAAUCGUGUCACCUCAAUCUACAAUGUUUUCGUCACAGCAACAACAACAACACUCAGGUGGCCACGAGCCAUUCCAUCAUCAUGCGACACCAUCGAUGCUCCAUUCUCAAGACGAAGCUGCUAUGGAAAUGUCUCCAAACUUUUCAGAUGAUGAAGAAGGUAAUCACGGUGAGGAGUCGGGCUCUGAUCACCACGAAGACACACCACACUCACCCACCAAAAAGAAGCGAAAAUCCCACAUUACAGCAAGUCAAAUUGGAAUUAUCGAACUCGAAAACAAUGAGGGAUUUGAAUGCUCGUUUUGCAACAGAAAAUUCAAGAGAAAGAGCGAUAUUAAGGUACAUAUUCGUCGGCACACAGGUGAAAGGCCCUAUCUGUGUGAAAUUGAGGGUUGCGGCAAAGCUUUCACCACUGCCAGCAAUUUGAGGAGGCACAAUAGAAAUGUUCACUCCAAAGAGUGA